ACCAGACAGCCACUUUUGUCACGAACUUUGGACAAAGACGACACAUCCUUCGACAAAAAUGCAGUGCAUGCAGGGGUCACUCCUAUUCUUUUCCAUGCUGCUCUUGGCCCUAACCUCUAAAGCCAACCAGAGCCCAGUCCCAGAGGACUUGGGGCAGGAUCUGGAUCAGGACAUAGACAUGGAGCUGACACGCCACAGACUGCUGCAGAGAGCUCGCAAUUCUGGACUCCUCGCUCAGCGAGCAGUAGAGGACCUUUUACUGGCUCAAAUGUCCCUUCCUGAAGCCAAUGCCCCCAAACCACCUCUAGCCAAGGAGUCCAUGGGUCAUGUGACCCUCCAGCGCUCAGUGGAGUCAAACAAUAACCUGCCUUCAAUGGAACGCAAGGCCGGAUGUAAGAACUUCUACUGGAAGGGCAAAACCGCCUGUUAGAAACAGAAUCCAAUCACGGCACAGGACAGCUCCUGUUAACAGCACCCUAUAACCAAUAAAGAGAUCUCUGUAAAAAUGUCAAAUGCUCAUCUAAUUACUCACUAAUAACUUAUGAAACAGUGAUGUGAACAGUACUGCUUUUUACA